GGAGGUGGAGGAUAUGAAGCAGCAGCAGGAGGAGCAGGAGGUGCGUCAGCUCCCUCAAGUCCUGGUAUGAGGGCCGUCUCCACCUACAGGACCGAGAGAUAAGGGAACUCAAAGACCACUGCAACGAACAACCUCAGAGGGACGAGCCCCGCGACCAGGGUAACAACGCAGCAGCAGCAGCAGAGAGCUCCAGAACAGAGGCAUGUCAGCCAGAGGACUAACCAAGCUGCAGACGGGAUGUGGUUCUUCCAGCUCUUCAGAGCAGCCCCCCACCGCCAACAUCAAGCCCACCCCGGUGGCGGGUGGUGCCCCCAGUAAACCUUCCCCGAUGCCUGGGAGCAAGUCCACCCCCAGAGCCAGCAUCCGACCCAUGGUUCCCGUCACGGUGCCCACCCCCACGGCCACUGUCAUUCCCCAUACACAGUCUGACAGCCAGGAAGGGCUGCAGUCCUCUGAAGGUGGAACCCCAGUUGAUAAGUACAUUUGA